AUGGCUGGCGAAAAGAUGGACAUAGAGACGGCUGAGCAGCAGCUCAAGUCGAUGGAGCACUCGGAGCAGCACUACUUCAACAGUUACAAUCACCAUGGCAUUCACGAGGAAAUGCUGAAAGACGAGGUUCGCACGAGGUCGUACAUGAAUGCCAUUGUUCAGAACAAGCACCUUUUCAAGGACAAGGUCGUCCUCGAUGUCGGCUGCGGAACCGCCAUCCUGUCAAUGUUCGCCGUUAAGGCCGGCGCGAAGCACGUCAUUGGCGUCGACAUGUCCACAAUCAUCUUCAAGGCCCGCGAGAUCGUCAAGGUCAACGGCAUGGCGGACAAGAUCACCCUGAUCCAGGGCAAGAUGGAGGAGAUCGACAUGCCCUUCCCCAAGGUCGACAUCAUCAUCUCUGAGUGGAUGGGCUAUUUCUUGCUCUACGAGAGCAUGCUCGACACUGUCCUCUACGCCAGAGACAGGUACCUGGCCAAGGACGGCCUCAUCUUCCCCGACAAGGCUAUCAUCUAUGUCGCCGGUAUUGAGGAUGGCGACUACAAGGACGAGAAGAUUGGCUUCUGGGACAACGUCUACGGCUUCAACUACAGCCCUCUCAAGGAGACGGCCCUCUCAGAGCCCCUCGUCGACACUGUCGAGAUGAAGGCGGUUGUGACGGACCCUACUAGCGUCCUCACUCUCGACCUCUACAAGUGCCAGCCCGACGACCUGGCCUUCAGUAUCCCCUUCGAGCUGUCCUGCCGCCGCGACGACUUCAUCCACGCCCUGGUCGCCUGGUUCGACAUCGAGUUCACGGCGUGCCACAAGCCCAUCCGCUUCUCCACGGGCCCCCACACCAAGUACACACACUGGAAGCAGACCGUCUUCUACCUCAAGGACGUCCUGACCGUCCAGCAGGGCGAGGAGGUCCAGUGCUCCCUGCACAACCGCCCCAACGAGAAGAACCGCCGCGACCUCGACAUCAAGGUCCAGUACCGGCUCGAGACGCAGGACCCGACACGCUCCGCCGAGGGCACGUGCUUGUACAAGAUGUGCUAG